AUGGAUGACGCCAAGUUCCUCGAGGUUUCGGCCAAGCACCCCAUCGUCGAGGGCCACGUCUACAAGUAUGGCACCGCUGGCUUCCGCAUGAAGGCCGACCUGCUGCCCGGCGUCUCGUUCCGCGUUGGCCUCAUUGCCGGCCUGCGCAGCCGCAAGCUCAACGGCCAGGCCAUUGGUGUCAUGGUCACCGCCAGCCACAACCCGGCUCCCGACAACGGCGUCAAGAUCGUCGAUCCCAUGGGCGAGAUGCUGGAGCAGGACUGGGAGGCCCACGCAACGCUGCUGGUCAACGCCCCGACCCACGAGGAGCUGCUCGAGACGUACAAGAAGCUGGCCUCGCAGCUCAAGAUCGACCUCAACAGCCCUGGCCGCGUCGUCUACGGCCGCGACACCCGCCCCUCGGGCCACAGCCUGGUUACGGCCCUGGCUGACGCCCUCGAGGUUACCGGCAUCGAGUACACCGACUACAAGAUCCUCACCACGCCCCAGCUGCACUACCUGACCCGCUGCGUCAACACCGAGGGCACCCCCAAGGCCUACGGCGAGGUCAGCGAGGCCGGCUACUACAAGAAGCUGUCCGAGGCCUUUGUGCGCGCGCUGCGAGGCCGCAAGGUCCAGGGCCAGCUGAUUGUCGACUGCGCCAACGGCGUCGGAGGCCCCAAGCUCGCCGAGCUGCUCAAGUUCAUCCCCAAGGACGUCACCGGCUUCAACGUCAAGAUUGUCAACGACGACGUGCUGCGACCCGAGGUUCUCAACCUCGACUGCGGUGCCGACUUUGUCAAGACAAAGCAGCGAGCUCCCCCCACCCUGAAGCCGGCCCCCGAGGCCCGAUGCUGCUCGCUCGACGGCGACGCAGACCGUCUGAUCUACUACUGGGCCGACCCCGACUCCGGCUUCUUCAUGCUGGACGGCGACCGCAUCUCGUCCCUCAACGCCUCCUUCAUCAGCGACCUCGUCCGCUCCGCCGGCCUGCAGGAGGACCUCCGGAUCGGCGUCGUCCAGACGGCCUACGCCAACGGCGCCAGCACCACGUACAUUGAGAAGAACCUGCAGCUCCCCGUCGUCUUCACCCAGACCGUCGGCGACGCCAUCUCCGACAUGCUCAUGGUGGAGGUGAUCCUGGCCCACAAGGCCUGGUCCCUCCAGGACUGGGCCACCACCUACACCGACCUGCCCAACCGCCUCGUCCGCGUCGAGGUCGCCAACAAGGACAUCUUCGAGACCACCGACGCCGAGCGCCGCCUCAGCCACCCGCCCGGCGCCCAGGACGAGAUCGACCAGUGCGUUAGGAAGUACACGACGGCUCGCUCCUUUGCGCGCGCCAGCGGCACCGAGAAUGCGUGCCGCGUGUAUGCCGAGGCUGCGACGAGGCACGAGGCCGACGAGCUGGCUACCAAGGUGGCCAGCAUUAUCAAGCAAUACGGCUCGUAA